GCUAAGACUGGAAGUUUUGUGGGCAGUCACAGAAGGCUGGGCAGUCUGCAAGAGAAAUGGUGUGGUGCCCCUUUAAGACAUAGAAUAGGCUCCAAGAGGAGGAAUGCACAGAGUAGUCACAGGCAAGCAUUCACAGUAUAGGCAGCACAUAGACAGCUGCUGCCUCCUCUACACUGAGGCUCAUCCAGCACUGCUAGGAAAAGGAUCUGUCCUGCUACAACUAAGGCUUGUGUGCACAACAAGGUGAUGCUGGAAAACGAUUUAAAGGGAGGAAAAUGAGCAAGAUACCACCCUCCAAAUCUUGGCCACUUUUCCUGACAACACAGUCAGAGCUGUGAUGUCUCUUUCCUCUUGUGCAAAUCCUGUAGGAGUGAGCAGCAGAGCACACAGCACCUUGUACUAAUCCCCAGCAAGAAGAUUAUUUGGGAGAAAUUUAAAAAAAAAAAAAAAACCUUGCUUCAAUUCAACCAGGCUUCUUUUGGUGCAAAUGGAUUUUAAAAAGUGUUAGAUCAUUCCAAUGAAUGUCCCUGGAACUCCCUGCCCCUGGCUGGAUUAUUCAGAGAAUGGCGAUGGUCUGUGCAAUGUCUUGGGUCGUAUAUUUGUGGAUAAGUGCUUGUGUGCUGUUACUCUGUCAGGGAUCCCUCCAUCAGCAGAGCUUUCAACAACAUCAUCUUCAUCGGUCAGGAUUUUCUUCAGGGCACUUUCCAAACCACAGACAACUGGGAGAAAUAGAAGGUGGAACAUGCGAAGUCAUAGCGGCGCACAGAUGCUGCAAUAAGAACCGUAUUGAGGAGAGAUCACAAACAGUGAAAUGUUCUUGUUUGCCUGGAAAAGUGGCCGGAACAACCAGAAACAGACCCUCUUGUGUUGAUGCUUCAAUAGUUAUUGGCAAAUGGUGGUGCGAGAUGGAGCCAUGUUUAGAGGGUGAAGAAUGUAAGACUCUGCCAGAUAACUCAGGAUGGAUGUGUGCAACUGGCAAUAAGAUAAAGACCACUAGAUUUCAGGGUCACACAUGACCACCUUCAUGCAAGGCAAGAUGGCAUCUGAGGCCCUGAAACCUAGUAGAUUCAUCCAAGAUCCUAAAAUUUCUUUUUCCGGUCAUCAUCACAUCCACCUACUGAAGAAUGAGGAUGCCAUAUAGAAACUGUAAUCUUCUUGAAAAAAAAAAUACCCUAAGGAUUUACAAGCCAAAUGGAUAUUUUACUUGCACUUUGACUUUUUGAUGAAAAACUCAGUGGUUUCACUAUGUGAAACAAAAAUUAUCCAUGGGGAGCUAGAAUUUGCAAAAAACAAACAAACAAAUGAGCUAAAUGUUGACUUUGGCCAAGUAUGGGACAAGUAAUAUUUUGUGGGAUGUGGAAUUAAGGAUUUAUAUCUUCCGAGAUACAUGUAUAUAUAGAUGAAGGACCCACCGCUAAGACAUUAAGGACUCCUUCCUAUACUAGGACUACUACCCUGUUUAUAUCAAUAGGCUAAAACUGGCUAGACAUGGAUCAAACUUCUCGUCCAACUCAACAUCUACGCGGAAUCAAGAUCUUCCCACAGUUCCGGAUGAACAUGUUGAUGAUGAAAUAUGUUAUUUUUUUCUAUUGUGUUCCGGAAGCUUUUUACCCAUGUGUGAUUAUAGCAUGCCAGCUUUGAUUAUGUCAACAUUUCUAUUCAAUCGGUCACUCCCGCCAUCUUCCAACAAAGUAUUUUUUUAUAGGAAGUUCAACGGAGAAGGAAGCAAUGUCAAAGCACGAUACACCCACCAUGGAGAGUGUCCAUGAGUCUACGGCUAUCGGGAACUUUGUAUUAACACUGGUGUAAAUAGGAUGUCGGCAGGAUUUGUAUAACCGGUGCUGUCUGCAGUAAACCCCACUGUUUUGCACUUGCUUAUUCCUUUCAAAGUAAAAGUCUUAAUAAACAUUA